GGGUUCUGGUGGCGACGCUGACGGUCGUCGAGAGGUUCGCGGACUUCGCGGUGUCGUGGCUUCCGAUGUACGGCGAGGCGAAGCUGCUGCUCGUACUCUACCUCUGGCACCCCGGGACAAGAGGUGCGGGGCACGUGUACGAUGGCUUCCUCCGUCCGCUGGUGGCGAGGCACGAGGUCGACAUCGACCGGGGCCUGCUGGAGCUGAGGGCCAGGGCGAAGGACGUGACGGCGUCGCAGCUCAAGGCGGCGGCCGCCGUCGGUCAGGCGUGGCUCGUCGAGGCCGCCCGCCUCGUUUCGUCGCAGAUGCAGGCCGCGAGGUCAGGCCGGGCAGGCGCCGCACAUUGACGACUCGACCAGUUUCCAAAUCUUUGGUAUCUAGAAGCAGCGGUAAACUAUUGAGUUAGCAUUCCACACCACUGUCGUCGCAGUGGAUGUUUGUAUAUAUCUACCUAAGUACGGAGUAGGAAUUAUACACGAGUAACCAAAGGUCAAAUGACCCUGCCACUGCAAUGCAAAAACUGUUGUAAGGGCAUUUCGUCCAACACUAUCUAUCCAGAGACACGGUUACGAAAACCGCUCAUCC